AUCAGUGAUAGUUAGCGCCGCCGACCUCGGCAUUUCGAACGCCGGGAAGGAAGGGGCCGUCCGAUGGGAACACUUUACGGUGAGGAUCUCGUCUUCGAGCUCCGUUCGCAGGUUCUCUCUCUCAGCUGCCGCGUGGAGGAGUUGGAGAGGGAGAACGAGGGAUUGAAGUGUCGAUUAUCAAGUUGUUCUUGUUCGAAGGUAGAGUGCUUGACAUCUUCAAUUUCUGUGAACUGUGAGUUGACAACUCCUAAUAAACACCAUUGCAAAGAGUUUCCUGUAAAUCAGACAACGGAACCUGCUAUUGAUUCUUCCUUUGAUCAUUCACUCUUGUGUUCAACUAACCCUGUGAAGGAGAAUGAAGCUUAUGCAUUUGAUGAUUUGUGUAUGGGGACCUCAGCCAAAGUAUCUAUGCUUGAUAAGAUAGAAGAGCCAGGUUUUUACUUGAAAAAUAUAUAUCAGUAUGCAAGGAGAUGUGUUGCCUUGAAAAUCAUGUAUUUUGGGCAAAGGUUUUACGGAUUUGCCUCAGAGGCCCAAAUGGAGCCAACUGUUGAGGACUUCAGAAAUUCUGCAUCAAUCGAUACAAAUACCUUUUUUCUUCAGUCUGAAAUUUUCAGAGCACUUGAAAAGACAAAACUUCUGGUUGACAAUAAGGAGAAUUCACAAUAUUCAAGGUGUGGUAGGACAGACAAGGGAGUUUCCUCUACUGGCCAGGUGAUUGCCAUAUAUUUGCGAUCAAAGGUCAAAAAUAAUGGAGGGAACAACAACGAGAAGACUAUAUUUGGAGAAAAUUGUGAGGGCGAAAUUGAUUAUGUGCGGGUAUUAAAUAGAGUUCUUCCAAAGGACAUUCGAGUGAUAGGCUGGUGCCCUGCUCCGUCUAAGUUUCAUGCAAGGUUCAAAUGUUUGAGCAGGGAAUAUAGGUACCUUUUUUGGCGUGAAUCUUUAGAUAUAGCGGCAAUGCAAAAGGCUGCUAAGAAAUUUGUUGGGGAACAUGACUUCAGAAAUUUCUGCAAGAUGGACGCAGCAAAUGUGAACAACUAUACUCGGAAGAUCACAACCUUUGAGAUUUCUUCUUGUGGUAAAAGAUUUGACGAAAACGAACUUUGUACAAUGACAAUUAGGGGCAGUGCGUUUUUGUGGCACCAAGUCCGCUGCAUGGUGGCUGUGUUAUUUAUGAUCGGUCACGGUUUUGAAUCACCUGAGAUAAUUGAUGUGCUAUUGGACAUUGGCAAGACUCCAAGAAAACCUCAGUACAAUAUGGCGCCCGACCUUCCUUUGAUUCUUCGAUCUUGCGAAUUUGAAGAUAUAAAUUUCAUUUGCUCAUCAGAUGCCGGUCGAGCUUUGCAUGAGCACUUGAAGAACGAAUUCCAGACUCAUAUGUUGCAAGCUGCCAUUUUCCAAGAGGCUCUGAGUUGCACUUCUUUGCCAGAAACAAGUUCAAUGAACCCCGGAAAGAAACCAAAGGGUCAUGUCCCUCUCUUGCUUCGGCCAACCGAACCAUCCUUUGAAGAGCGACGGGCGAAGCUUAACUUGAAAGGUGUUCUCAAGAGCUGAUGCAAAUGUUUCACAAGAACUGCUCGUAUUUUUGGAUUGCUGAAUUAUUCAUGAAUCUGGGUGAGUGGUUCAUGUUUUCUUGUCAAUUUCAUUGAAAUUCACAAACUAUAUAUAUAUAUAUAUAUAUUUAUAUAUAUUUUUAUGAAUUUUCAUAAUGUAAAUUCCACCCAUCUUUGGUUCUGUAUGUAUGUAUGCAUGUAUGAUCACACUUGGGGGUCAUAGAUCACUGUCAAAAUUUCCUUUUGUUAUAAAGUGUGAAAACAAGCAAAUAAAAUGAGGGACAUAAAUA